UUUUGCAUCUUAAUGUUAAUCCUUGUCGUCAUAUUUUCGGUAUCUUUUGCAGUUUUUUACAUCUGGUUUGAUCCAAAACUCCCAUUUUUUCACCUGCAGUCAUUUUCGUUUCGACACUUCAACGUCACUGUGAAAACCGACGGCACCUACUUGAACGUUGCAAUGUUGACAAGAAUAGAAGUACGAAACCCUAACGGGAAGUUAACGUAUCAUUAUGGUGGGUCCGACGUGGAGGUGAGUGCAGGGCAAGAUAAGGGUAUUGAGUUAGGAUCCACACAUGUGGCAGGAUUCUCUCAAGCCAAAAACAACAUGACAACUUUAAAGAUUGAGACGAAGAAUAACCAGCUGGUUGAAGAUGGCGUGGGGCCGAGGCUAAUGAGUCGAUACAAAAACAAGGAUAUAGUGGUGAAUGUCGAGAUUCGGACGACCGUUGGUGUCGAGUGGAAAGGCUGGAGGAAAAGACCUUUGCGUGUUAAUAUCGUUUGUGGAGGUGUAACUUUGAAGACUCUUAAUCGAGACAUGCCCAAAUGCACCAUUAAUUUACUCAAAUGGAUUAAUAAUCAUGGAUAAGACUGUGAUCAUGUGGGGGAAGUUGAAGGUAGAAGAAGACCGAUGCCUCCAACAGGAGGAUUAUAUGAUAUAUACAAUUCUGAUACAAUUAUUUGCUUAAAAAAAAAAU